AUGAUUGAAGAACUGACCCCGUGGACUCCGAAAGUUACUGUGUCGGAAGGCGUCACACUCGAUGACUUGACUAUCACCUUCAGGCGCACAAUCCGCGUCCCUGACAACAAAAACACCAGCGGCCUCCCACCGGAUCAGGGCGCUUUUCCACUAUUCAAGAUCCAAGACUAUGCUAGAACGCUUCCUCUAUCAAUGGCACAGAAAGGCGGCAUGUUCAUCCCCAUGUAUCAACGCGAGGCUUUAUGGAUCGACUUUGAGAGUACCAAGACCUACGCCAUCAGGAUCCACGUCGGAAACGUCAAUAUCGUCUCUGGUGAGCCCAACGUUCCAAAUCAUGCGACCGAGCUUCGUCGGCGCCAGCUCUUGAAGAAAGACAAGAGUAUCCAGGACUACAUUGUUGUUCCCGAUCAGAAGUGGAUUGAUGGCGUAGCUACCGCGCCCGGCCAAGUCAAACAAUUCGUGGCCAUGCCGAUUGGGACUGGUACUUCUGUCGAGUACCAGAUGAAUGGUGAAGAGACCUCCGCAGGUAUUCAGUUUGACAUCACGCGCCUCGAUCCUCUCCUCUCUGGUCCCAAAGACAACAUAAACGUCAUGGUCAAAGAGCUCGACGGCAAAAUAUCCAACUACUUUCUCUCGCGUUUCAGUAGGGUCGAAACACUGAAGUCGUUCGUCAAAGCAAAGGUUGGCGUCGAUGUUGCGUGCCAAACCUUGGUCUGGGCAUCACAAAACCUCAAAAACAAGCUGAGAUUGUGUGACUACAAUCUUAAGAACGGAGCACUUCUUCAUCUUUUUGCCCGUCUUCGUGGUGGUAGCUCGAUGAUUGAAGAGCAAGAGAUGAACAUCGCCGCUGGCGGUCUCAUCCGUCAAAACAUCGUCGAGCAGCCUAAGGGCGAAUACAAAAAGACAUCCCAAAUCACAAUAAAUGUGCAGAUCCUAAACAGUGUCAGCUUUAAGCGAGUCACGGGCCAGGAACCCCCGGAGAGCCCUAUCUCAGCCGCUACGUACGCCAAAGCUGGUCACCCAUUCUUUUCGCUUGACGAGGGACCAACUACUAUCUCUGGAAACUUCUCUGAUCUGAAAUCCAUGGCUCAGCUCAAAGGUCGACCUGAGCGUAAUGUUGGAGGCAUUCCCAUCCUUGAUGUUGAAACAAAAGAGAUCCUCCGCGCGUGGGUUUGCAAGGCCUGCAAGGCCAAGAACACUGCUGUAAUGCGUCUCUGUAAGUCAUGCAAGAUGCGUCGUUCUCCGUUGAAGAAGCGCAACAAAAUCGGGAUCCUGAAUCCUGAAGGACCCAAGACUCCUUUCCAGCUCUCUUGGGAGAUUGCCGAAGAACUCGAGAAGAAGCUCACUCUAUUUUGA